UAAUGUGAGAACAGAGACAUAUUCGUGUAUUCGGUUACAGACGGUCUUAGUCUAAGCCGUAGCUUUAUUCUUGAGGUGGAAUAUCUGCAUUACAGCGUCGCRUAUUUGCAUGAGAGGUCAUACUCUCCUCGUUUUGGUGUAUUUUAUUAAAAGGGCACAAGCGAAUGUGGACUCUUGCACCGAGCUAAGGGGAUAUUGGACAGCWUGGCCACGAUGCUGGCAUUUGGAGCCAGAGGAUUCCUGGUCAACCUGAGGUCCACUCUGCAAAGAGCGGGCUGUUUUGCCAGAUACAGGUUCGUGCAGAACCAGCGGACAUGUUUGAUCAAAAGAGGGCAGAUUCUCACUCACAUACCCAAGGUCACGCUGCUGUGUUGGGGUGCUGUCAGUGCUUCAUCCUUUGCAGCCAWGUGCCAGGAAGCAACUCUUCCACCUAAGRCAGCAGACAGGAAGUCYCUUGCAAAAGUCCAAGUCCACAAAGUGGUAUUCUUUCUUCGUCUCAGCCUUCGUGCUUUGGUGCUUCUCUGCAAGUUUGGUCCCCUUCUUCUCCUUUACCCCUUAGCCCUGAUGUCCACCCACUGUGCGUCUUACUGGUUGAAGGCCCUGCUGUGGGUGACCGAGACCUCGGGUCCCACUUUCAUCAAGCUGGGACAGUGGGCCAGCACCAGGCGGGACAUUUUCUCUCGAGAGUUUUGCGACUGCUUCUCCAGGCUCCACGUCAAGGUGAGCCCUCACUCCUGGGCCCACACCAAGAAGUGCCUCCGCACGGCCUUUGGCGAGGCCUGGAGAAGAGUGUUGAUGUUCGACAGCAAAGAGCCUGUGGGUUCAGGGUGUGUUGCCCAGGUGUACAGAGGCUGGGCCAGGGUCGAUCAGGUGGAGGACCCGUCCUUCCAGUCGAUUGUAGAAGAGAUGGAGAGAGAAGACCUGCUGGAAGCCUGGGAGAUCCCCGGCCUCGGCGGUGUGGGUGCCGUUCUGCAGCAGCCUGGGGAGAGCRGCAACGAGAAGGAGCACCUGAUACCUGUGGCAAUCAAGGUGGUCCAUCCAGGCGUCAGGAGGCAGGUCGAGAUAGACCUGCUGCUGAUGAAAGCAGGCAGCUGGCUGCUGCACUGCAUGCCCGGACUCAAGUGGCUCAGUCUCUGUGAAAUCGUCGAGGAGUUUGAGAAGCUAAUGACCAAACAGAUCGAUCUCCGMKUCGAGGCCAGAAACAUCGAGCGUUUCCAAGAAAACUUCCGCGACGUGGACAACAUCAAGUUCCCGACUCCGCUACGCCCGUUUGUCACCAGGAACAUUUUAGUGGAGACUUUUGARGAGAGCGAGCCCAUUGCGAACUACUUGAGCUCUGAGAUUCCUCAGGAGGUGAAGCAGAGAAUAGCCAGGAUGGGAGUCGACACCCUGCUGAAAAUGGUGUUUGUGGACAACUUUGUCCACGGAGAUCUGCAUCCUGGCAACAUCCUGGUCCAAUAUCCGAAGUCUCUCGCUGGUUCCAGUGACGAAGUUGGCGCCACGGGGGACCACCACCRCGGAAAGACCACCCUCACGGACUUGUUAGACACGGUGGUGGUCAGCGUCAGACCAGAGCCGUGUCCUCUGCAGCUGGUGCUGCUGGACGCCGGCAUCGUGGCUCAGCUCAGCGACCACGAUCUCGCCAACUUCAAGGCCGUCUUCACGGCGGUGGUGCUGCGCAAGGGCGACAGGGUGGCGGAGUUGAUUUUGCACCAUGCCCGAGCCAAUGAGUGCAAAGACGUGGCGCUUUUUAAGAAGGAGAUGGCCGAGUUGGUGGAUCAUGCCGUCAGCAACACCCUCUCUCUGGGAACGAUUCAAGUAUCUGAUUUGCUCUCUAAGGUGUUUGGCUUACUCAUCAAGCACAAGGUGAAGCUGGAGAGUAACUUUGCGUCCAUCGUKUUUGCCAUCAUGGUGCUGGAGGGGCUGGGAAGGUCGCUCGAUCCCAACUUGGACAUCCUGGAUUUGGCCAAACCCCUGCUGCUGAAGAACUGCGCGUCGCUGCUCUGAUGCGCACGCACUCCCAAUCAGCAGACGCACAAGACAGGCAGCUGUGCAGUCAUUAUGUGAAUUUGCAGGUACUAUGCGUCUACAGCACGUCCUCUUAGUACCGUUUCAGUGGGUUCUCUUCAGAACUGCAAUGCAAUGUUCCCCCGGUAGGUCACGAGAUCAUUUCAUUACAUUUCAGCAGAGUCCAGAACGUAAUUACCUCACGGUGUCUUUUACGUUUAGUGGCUGCAACGACUUUGAUUACUUUUGUUUACGCUUCGUCUCCUGCAGUCUGCGUUAAGUAGCUUUUCAUACAUGGACAUGAACUUUAAAAGCACACUCACUGAUGAAUCGAUGCAUUUUACAGAAAUGGUUUGAUUACUAAUCAGUGAGUCAGACGACAUUUCAGUAACACGUAAGAUGAAACAGAAUCCUAAAAGAAACCCAAGCCGUUUCUCAGUGACCCGGUUUUCUUUUUAAUUGGUGCCUUGCUAAAGUAUUCCUACCCCUUAAAACACUUUAGGUUAAAACCACAAACYUUUUCGUAUUUAUUUGGAAUUUUGUUAUACCAAAACCACCAAGCGCAGAAUAGUGACCUAAAACCACAAGAUGUUUUUAUUUUGGUUUAAAACGCCMGAAAUGUGGAAAAGUGUGGUGUGGAUUAGUAUUCAGUCCUCUAGAGGGAACAUCUUGAGACUAAAAUAUUUUCMAAUUCUGUGUGAAGUAGCAAUCAAAAUGAAUGAAUGAACAUUAUUUUCAAAUUUCAAAUAUAAAAGGGCAUUUUUUUUUAUUCUGUUGACAUUUAUGCACUACUGUAUAUCUGUUGUGAUUGAAAGGGUAYGAGUACUUUGAAGGCACUUUUAUUCCUGCAGUGUUUAUCUUCUUUUAAUGUUUUAUGGAUUUUGUUUUAGAGUUGAUCACAAGAUUGUAUAAUUUGUAUUGAUAGCCAAGUGUACUCAGUUUUUUGUAUUUUAAUUGCCUGYUAUAAGACAUGUUCUCAACAUUCAUGCCAUUAAAAUGUAAUACAAUCUAUAAUUUAGAUUCUUUUCCUACCUUUGCCUGUGUGGUCUCUAACCGCGACGGUGAACUCCAACCCAAAACAAACGACUACAUUGAAGACAAAAGAAUCCAUUAAUCUAAUAUUUAUUAAAUCUGUCAAUGAAAAACAGACAAAACUCAAUUCUGUCGAUGUCAUCAGGAAGAACAGUCAGCAUGGCUGAGCGAUGAAGAUCGAGAGGAUUUGGUGCAAAAAUUGGGAGGGGGGGAAAGAAAGGGGGAGAAAAAAAAAUCUCAUCACAUAUCCUUUAUUGCAAAACAGUUUUUCUUUUCACCACCAUCAACAGCCCAUAUAGGGCAGCACUGUUCAAGUAAAACAAGAGGGGAGAGGUGUUUAUUUUUCUUAAAAAAAAA